GGUCUUUUUGGUGUCCUCACUGUGAUGUAAAAUGGAAAUGUUUUUUUUUCUUCUUCUUUUUUUCCCCACAGAAUAGGAGGUAUUGCUUGGUCUCACUCUGUUCCCAGUUAGCAAUGUGAAUUUAUUCUGCCUUCUGAAACUUUGGUGAAUUGUGAAAUGAUGAUUAAGUGAAAAACUGCUUGGCUUUUAAAGACACUUGACUUUUUAUUAAUUACCACUGAAGCUUUGUAGAGUGCAUCUUUGCUAUAGAUACAGCAGUUCUUACUCCUUACUUUUAAGCUUACAGCACCUUCCUUGUGAUUUCAGAAGUAUUUGUCAAGCAGUGAAAAAAGAAAAGACAAAGGCUAACAUACUGGACACUUACACAGUAUGAAGGAAAAGGAAAGAAAAUUCUUUUGCCAGGAAAUGGGUCUGGUGAUUGAUAGAGCAUUAAGCACACUCUCCCUGUUUAUGUGCAUGAAGUACAGUACUUAAAAUUUAAGAUCUCACUUAGAUAAUUUACAGCAGGACAAGGCACCUGAAGUACUUAUAUUACACUUGGACAAUUUAAUAACUAUGAAAACAUAUAGUUAAAUUUUAUUUGUUGAUAUUAGGUGAAGACAUCUUAAUGCUGUCUCAGGAAUUAGGAACGUGAUUAUUGUUAUAUAACAGUAAGAACUUGGUGUCACAUAUUUAACUUUUGUUAACCUUUGGAAGCUGCGUAAUGAACUCAGACCAACAGUCAUGAUUUCUUUUGAAAAGGCUGACAACGUUGCCUACAAAGCAGUUGUUUUAUGGUAACUUUAAUUUAUUAUGCAUUUCCUGGGUAAGGACUGCUUUAUGCCAAUAGCGUCUUCCUUAAAGGUCAUGUUCUGAGAUUAUUUUUCUUUCUGACAUUUGUCCACAUCCAGCACAUAUGGAAAAAUUAAAUUUGCAGAUGUUGGUAUGAUAAUAUUUCUGAAAUAGAUCAAAACUAAUUUGCCUAGAAAUAUUAUCGAGGAACUGUUGUAAAUGUCAGUCUGGUAGUGAAAUUAACAGUUAUUCUUUUAUUGAGCAUGCUAUUCUGCUCAAGUUACCCUCCUAGCAGUUGUCGAAGUAUUAAACCUGUCUGAAAACUGUCUUUGCUAUUUAUUAUUGAAGGUGUUUACACUCAUGGGAAGUUCCCAGGUUGACCACAGUGUUCAGUUUGAGAUACCCGCUAAAUUACAUGGAGCAUUUGUACGAAGCUUCCUGUCCUGUCUUCUUCAGUUGUGUGAAGGAUUUGGUGAGACCUAGAUGUUAGAUUAUUUCAGCCUGACUGCUCAAGAGAGGAAAUGUUGACAGUGCUGAAACAAGUGGAAGAAUUCUCUGUGAUUUCACCGUGUUUAAAUCAGAGUGCAAAUGAUGCAACUAUCCACUGUCACUACUGAUGUAGUCCUGGGCUCUCUGUUCCAAGGCCAGGUUGGAUAGGGUCCUGGAUAGCCUGAUUUAGUGCCUGAACUAAUGGUUGGCAAUCCUGCCCAUGGCAAAGGUUUGGAACUAGAUUAUUUCUGAGGUCCCUUCCAAACAAAGCCAUUCUGUGAUUCUAUGGUUCCACGAGUCUAUGAUUCUAUAAUUGCAAUGUCUUGUAGAUAUCUUUCUGAUAAGAACUGGAUUGCUAUUAUUUAAGGGAUGUAACAUAAUUUUUUUUUGCUUAUUUUUACUUGAGUUUCUGGAAUAACUAGAUAGUAAUCAACAUAAUGACUCUGGGUUUGCACAGGCUAAUGGCUGAUCGAGUGCUUGUGAUCGGCAGUGGAGGCAGAGAGCAUGCAUUGGCCUGGAAGCUGGCCCAGUCCCCACAUGUAAAACAAGUGUUUGUUGCUCCUGGAAACGCAGGGACAGCCAACAGUGGAAAGAUUUCAAAUUCAGCUGUUUUAGUGAGCAAUCACACUAUUGUUACCCAGUUCUGCAAAGAUCAUAACAUUGGACUUGUAGUAGUUGGACAAGAAACUCUUUUGGCAGCUGGUAUUGUUGAUGACUUACAAGCAGCUGGAGUAAGAUGUUUUGGACCGUCAGCAAAAGCAGCUCAGCUAGCAUCCAACACCAGUUUUGCCAAAGCUUUUCUGGAUCGACAUGGGAUCCCAACAGCAAGAUGGAAAGCUUUUACCAAUCCCCAGGAAGCCUGUAGGUUUAUUAUCAGCACAGACUUUCCUGCUCGAGUGGUACGGGCAAGGGGCCCUGCAGCUAGAAAGGAAGUGACUAUUGCAGCCAGCAAAGAGGAAGCCUGCAAAGCUGUCCAAGAGAUUAUGCAGGACAGAAUGUUUGGAGAGAUCGUUGUCAUUGAAGAACUUCUUCAAGGGGAAGAACUUUCUUGCCUGUGUUUCACGGAUGGUGUCACUGUUGCCUCAAUGCCCCUAGCCCAGGCCCACAAACGGUUGUUGGAUGGUGACCAGGGUCCAAAUACUGAAGGAAUGGGAGCCUAUUGCCCGGUUCCUCAGGUACCAGAAGUUCUAGAGAAAAUCAAUGAUGCUAUCCUUCAACAUGUGAUUGAUAGUCUGAGACAAGAAGGAGCAGCAUACGUAGGUGUGCUGCAGAUGGGGUUAAUGCUUACCAAAGAUGGUGUGAAAAUUUUAAACUUUAAAUGUCAGUUUGGUGACCCCCAGUGCCAGGUAAUUCUUCCACUGCUUAAAAAUGAUUUUUAUGAAGUGAUUCAAGCAGCAAUUGAUGGCAAACUCUGCAGCUUCAUGCCAGCCUGGUCAGAAAACAGUACAGCUGUGUGUGUGGUCAUGGCAAGUCUGGGAUACCCAGGAGACUAUGACAAAGGCAUGGAAGUAACAGGGCUGCUUCCAGCCAAAGAGUCAGGGCUGCAGGUGUUCCACGCUGGCACAACAGUGAAGGAUGGCAGAGUGGUUACGAGUGGUGGCAGAGUCCUCUCCGUUACUGCUGUUAAGGAGGAUCUGAUGACAGCACUGGGAGAAGCCAACAGGGGAGUAGCAGCCAUAUGUUUCAAGGGUGCCACAUACAGGAGGGACAUUGGCCAUCGGGGCAUUGGACUUCUCAAACAGACUCUGGGUUUGAUAUACAAAGAGAGAUGUGUGGAAGCUGUAACCAGUGAUGUUUUGUUUUACCAGCUGAAAAGAUCAAUUGUAAGUCGUACCAGAUCAGGCAGUCAUUCAGAAGUAAGAGGCUUUGCUGGUUUCUUUGAUUUAAAAGCAUCUGGUUAUGAUGAUCCUAUCCUGGUAUCUCAAACUAAAGGCCUUGGACCUAAACUUCAGAUCGCACAAGCGUGUAAGAGACACGACACCAUAGGACAGGACCUGGUUGCCUUGUGUGUUAAUGACAUCCUGGCUCAAGGGGCAGAGCCCCUCUUCUUUCUUACCUAUUUUUCCUGUGGCAAACUUGAUGUCAAAGUGACUGAAGCAAUCAAAGAAGGAAUAGCUGACGCAUGCAGAAAUGCAGGAUGUGCUUUCCUAGGCAGGGAGAUUGCUGAGGUGACUAGCAUGUAUUCUUCUGGAGAGUAUGACUUGGCUGGCUUUGUGGUUGGUGCAGUGGAGCGAGGACAGAUGCUUUUGGGUCUGCAGAGAGCUGAUGAGGAGGAUGUGCUUAUUGGACUGGCCUCUUCUGGGAUUCACGGCCGAGCCUUUUCCAUCAUAAGGAAGAUACUCUUAAUGUCCUCCCUGCACUACUCCUCUCCAGCGCCUGGCAGUGGUGGUGACAAGACUCUAGGAGAUGUAUUGCUGACUCCAGCAAAACUGUACAGUCCAUCUUUGGUGCCUGUUCUUCGCUCAGGGCAUGUGAAGUCUUUUGUCUUUAUUGCUGAGGAAGGGUUGCUGGAAGGCAUCUCCCGAAUCCUGCCAGAACAUGUCAGCGCUGUCCUGGAUGCCCUUACCUGGAAGAUGCCUGAGAUCUUCUGCUGGCUCUAUAAGGAAGGAAACCUCUCUGAGAAGGAGAUGGCCCAGACAUUUAAUUGUGGGAUUGGUGCAGUCUUGGUUGUGCAGAAGGAGUUGGCCCAGCACGUUCUCAGGGAUGUACAGAGACAUGAGGAAGCUUGGCUGAUUGGAAAAGUUGUUGCCCCUUGUCACACAGGAGGUUCUCACAUCAAAGUUGAGAAUCUUCUUGAAGCUCUGCAGCUGAGCAGCCCCCAGCAUCUGCUGAAUAACACUGUUGUAGAGAGUCAACAACAACCCAGAAAGAACAAAGUUAAAGUAGCUGUUCUCGUCUCUGGAACAGGCACAAAUCUUGCUGCUCUCAUCAGUUACACAAAAGAACCAGGCAGCUGUGCUCAAGUUGUCCUUGUCAUCUCCAGCAAGUCUGGUGUGGAAGAACUACGAAAUGCAGCCCGUGCUGGAAUUCCCACCAGGGUGAUUGAUCACAAGUUAUAUGGGAGUCGCUCUGAAUUUGACAGCACAAUUGACCGAGUUCUUGAAGAAUUUGCUGUUGAACUGAUAUGUCUUUCAGGAUUUAUGAGAAUAUUGUCCAGUCCUUUUCUCAGGAAAUGGAAAGGGAAAAUUCUGAAUGCUUCCCCAUCGCUUUUCCCACCAGUCAAGGCUGGAAACGCGCAUCAGCACUCCCUCCCAACUGGAUUCAAAGUCACUGGCUGCGCUGUGCAUUUUGUCCUGGAGGAAUCUUGUCCAAAAGCAGUAAUCCACCAGGAGCCGGUAUCUGUGAAGGCAGACGACACUGAGGAGAUGCUGUCAGAAAGGGUUAAGGAAGCUGAGUGCCGGGCUUUUCCCAUCGCCCUGCAUCUAGUGGCCAGUGGGGCAGUGCAACUAGGAGCUGAUGGUAAAACCUGCUGGAAACAAGAGAGGCAAAGUCUGCGUCUUCAAGAAGAGAAAAAUGACUUCACUUCCUCUCUGGUGAUACCAGAGCCACAAGAAAAUGAUGUGGUGUAGCCAGGUUUUCCUUUCCUUCUUCCUUCUCGCCAUGUGCUUCUCUUUGCAGGUGUAUUAAUGUUUCUGGCUUUCAUUCUGAGCUAUGAUCAGUUUUUCUGGGCUUGCACAUUUAGUUACACUUAGCUUUCAAAACUGGCUGUGGGAGCCAAACUCAUUUCAGAUCUUGAAUUUCUUUGUUCUGCAUCCAGGGAUGGGGCAUCCACAACUUCUCUGGGCAACCAGUUCCAGCACCUCACCACCCUCUCAGUAAAAAAUUUCCUCCUAACAUCUAACCUAAAUCUCCCCUCUUUUAAUUUAGAGUCAUUCCCCCUUGUCCUAUCACUAUCACUGAGUAAAGUUGGUCUCCCUCCUGAAUAUAAGCUCCCUUCAAGUACUGGAAGGGCACAGCCAGGUCUCCCUGGGGCUUCCUCUAGGUUUAUCAUGCCCAGUUCUCUCAACCUUUCUUCAUAGGAGAAGUGCUCCAGUCCUCUGAUCAUUUUCUGCUGGAAGAGGGUGUGUGAUGGUGUUUCAAGCCACAGAGGAGUCUGUGAGGCCAUAUAGGAGAGAAGAUGCCCUGCUGGUCCCAUCCAGUAGGGGCAAGGCCAUGCCUACAACUCUCAGACCUCUGUGAAGCUGCUGAAGCCUUGUGCUCCCUGAAGCCGUGGCACCACCACACACUACUGCCAGCUGGGUUUCUCCUGCAAACUCAGUGUGGUCAGUGGCAAGCACCUCCAGCUGCCACUGCAGAUAUGCCUUCACUCUGACCCUGGUGAGGAUCGGAGGCAGCUAAGAGCCAAGUAUAAAGCAGCAACACUGGACAUCAGUCAUAUUUUCAGUGUUUGCACUGGAAAUCAUCUAUAUUCAUAUAUUCAUUCUGGAUUACUGUCACCAGCAGGGCCUUUGUGGGAGGGUAAUGCAGAGCACAUAGCAUUCAGUAAUUCAGCCUUCAACAUGGUGAACUUUGUCCAUCAUCAGGAGUUCAAAAUUACUGCUGCAGUCCUUUUGAUCUGGUGUUGUGCCUUUAAGUAGGCAAAAGCGAACAUGGAAAUUACUUUUGAAAUGAAAAUCUCUUUGUAGGCCCUUUUAACAAACAGAUGUGUAGUGAGCUGCCAAACAGAAGAGCCGAUGACCAGCAAGGCAGGAGCUCUUCAGAAGGCAAAACAAAGUGAAAUAAACCGCCCUUCACGGAUUUUAUUGCAGUGUAAUAGCACACAGCAAACAUAAAUCUUAACACUUUGCCCUAUUCCUGGAAGGCACUGCACACAGACGUUCUCAGAACUUGGUGUUAAAACCUCUGUAUCUGGUGGGCUGGAAAAUAGAUUAGAAAUUGUUAGCAGAUUUCAGGCAUUUUUUCUUCUUCCAUCCAUGAAAUCAGCAGGACAUCCCCAGCCCGACUUGCCGUGUAGCCAGAGCUGACUUUCCUGGGGAGAGAUCACUGACAGCCAUUAGAUGCAGUGAAAAAAAUAAAAGUAGUUGUUCUGGAAUUGUGCAUCCUGUACUAGUAAGGGACAUGCUGUGUAACUGCUGCUGGCUGUGGCGGGCUGUUUGAGAGCAUGAGCCAGCUCCAUUCAGAAACUCCUAUUUAUUUAUUCAUUUAUUUAAUUAGUGUGUAUUUCAGUGGUGUUUCAGUGGAGGAGGAGGGAGGAGAAAGGGGAAUUCCAUUUCUUGCUGCACGCUGUGCAUUUAUGUACAGUAAUCUGUAUUUGUCUUUUGCACUUCAGCAGCAGGAGCAAGAAGCUCGAUGUAGGAGAAAUAGGAAGAACUGUAACGAGGAGAAAUGAACAAAUCUUUAUAUACAUAUAUAGUAUAUAUAUAUUUAUAGUUAAUAUUUAUGAUAAACAUGUUGCUUAUUUUGCUGUAGUUGGCCUGUAGUUACUUUAUGUUGUGUAUUGUUUGGAAUGCAUAGUAAGCAUGAUGGAUGAUGUUUCAAACCAAACAAAUAAAUGGUUAUAAGAUUAUAGAAUGCAAGGUAUUGUGCUCUGUUGUUCUCCCUAC